GCAAAACAGCUGUUUCUUUAAGGAGUUUGCAACAAAUGGAAAUGUUGAGGUUAGCGUAAUUAUAUAGUGCAAAGCAAAUUGCAGUUUGCAAAAUGAGUAAUUUAUUAAAUAUCACCGUAAACGCAACCGCCAAUAUUUUUCGUGCCAGCACCUGCCGUUUGCUGCAUCGCACACCGUUUGCUACGCAAACACUAAAACAAUCGUUUACAUCGAAAGCACCAUUGCUCAAUAAACCACUAAUUACAUUAAGAGCACCGGCACGUAAUCGUUCUUCACCUGUAUUCGAUGUGAACACAAAUGUCACCAAGGAUGUGAUACUAUUCAAAUACGAGAAUCCUAAAUACUACAAUGUGUUGAAUAUCUUUGGCUUAUGUCAAUUCGUAUUUUGGACUUACCUAUCGCAUUUUGCGUUUACAACGCUUAAAGAUGCGCCCGUGCAGGAAAUACCGGGAGAAGAGUUAGCGUGGUAUCAACAAAUAAACUUGGGUGAAAAUAAAUACAGAAAUGGCAUCACAACAAUAUGCUUUCUAAUAGGCUAUGGUAUACUUUGUGCCAGCUGGAUGUACACUUUACGUUCUGUGCGUUACCUCAUCCUACGUAAAGGUGGAAAAGAUGUUGCGUUUGUUACCUAUGGUCCCUUUAACAAAAACCGUAUAAUGACCGUGCCACUGAAAUGUGUUUCUGCGCAGGAAUCUCGUGAAUUGGCUCGCAACCAAUUGCCCAUCAAAGUAAAAAAUCGUUCACUCUAUUACGUACUCGAUAUGCGUGGAGAGUUUAAAAAUCCACAAUUGUUUGACUAUACCGCAGGCUUGAAGCGUCGGGUUGAUUGAAAUAAAUUAACGUGUACUGUUAUUUCUUAGUUAAUACAAACUGUUUAUUUACUCAUAUUAAGUCUUAGUUAAUAAAAAUUGUUACUGAUAGUUGAAUCUUAUUUACUUAAAAACGAACUUAUCGAUGUACAGCUAUUUUGUAGGUUUCAAAAUUAGUAGACUGGUUCAGGUUGUUGUGUGAUUAGUAAACCGAAACGUUUUUUGAUGGUCAAACGUUGGCGUGAAUAUUUAUCUUCCGGUGAAAAGCGUGCUGGAUGAGCAGAUAUUGUAGGCUGUCCAUCUUCAGUGCGUUUCUAAAAGGAAAAUAUAUUUAUUCAUUACUAUAUUCAAUUCGAAUUAGAGAUAUAAUAAUUUACCUUCAGAGUAUAAACACGCUCUCCGUUUUCGUUUAAAGUGUACAUCAGAUACAUUUUUGUAAAUUUAAAUUAUUUAGAAAACUCCUGAAAUCAAGUUUGUUGUUCGCACGUGUUUUGCACAGUUUGUAAGAAACACAAAUGUCAAUUUGAGAACGUCAAAACGAAAACUUAUCAAUUGUGAAUGGUGAUUGCAACAGCUGUUAAAAUUCAGCAAGUUACCACUUUGUUUAAAUUACUUACUCUUUUAAAAGAGAGUUAGUAGAACGAAUAAAUGUAAAAUAUUAUUAUUCUAUAAAUACAGUAUUUUAUAAAAUAUACAAAUAGUUUUAUAAGAUUUGAUUCAUUAACACAUAAAAGUUUUAAGAAAAUAUUUAUUCCCAUAAAAUAUAUGCUCUGGUAGCCUCUUCAAACGAGAAGAAGAAGAUGCACAAUAAUUUUCUUUGUUAUGGACGAAACGAUUUCUGCUAGAAAAAUAAUAACUUACAAAUAAAGUUAGUUUUGGCCACAGAUUUUGGAAAACUAAACAACAACACAUUUUCUACGAUUGUGAUUGAUAAGUAUUUGCAUUCGAAAUAGUGUUAAAGAGCUUAGAAUGCUGGCAAAACAAAUGUGAGCAAAACGGGCGGUGUACAAUAAACCCAGUGGAAG